AUGACUAGUAAAGACCAUGCACUGGCAAAACUUCGGGCACGGAUGGCAGAGCCACCCAAGGACUGGACUGACGCGUUGACGAUAAAGAUACUCAAGGAUCCUAUUUACUACGGCAUGUUGAGCGUUGGUAUCUUCUUUGUGCUUGCACUUAUCGCACUCUUUGCUACGAAGAAAUUACUGGAUCAAAUUGCAAUGGAGGAGAAACAAAAGCAACGAUAA